AUGUCGGCGAAUUGCUCCCAGUUCUGUGUCGGCAGAAGAUCGUGUCCGGGGUUCGACGACCAGGGACAGCCCGUACUGGAAGAGCGCAAGAGUCCCAUCACCCUCCGGCACCUGCUCACGCACUCGUCGGGCGUCGGAUACAGCUUUCUGGACUCGGGCGAGAAGCUGCGCAAGUACCAUCAUUACCACGGCACUGUGCCAAACCACGGCCCUACAAUCGAGUCUCGCUUCGGCGUCCCGCUGCUCCAUCAGCCCGGCCAAGGAUGGGCGUACGGCGCCGGAAUCGACUGGGCCGGCCGACUGGUCGAGAAACUGAGCGGCCAGUCGCUACAAGAGUAUUUCAACCAGCACAUCUGGAAACCUCUGGGGGCCUCAUCCACAUUUACCUUUUUCCCCGGCAAGGAGUCCACGGGCAAUAGCCUCGCGGCGAUGGUGUCCAGAGGCCAGGGGCCGGAGGAGCUCGAGGAAAUGCCGGGCGGGCUGGAUCUGAAUGUCGGAGUGCAAGAAUGCUUCGGCGGGCAAGGGGGCUACGGCAAGGCAGACGACGUCCUGAAGCUCCUGCACUCGCUCCUCGCCAACGACGGGCGACUGCUGCGGCCCGAGACGGCGGACAUGAUGUUCCAGGGCCAGCUGUCGCAGCCCAGCAAAGCGGCAUUGAAGCAGUCGCUCGAGGGCUCGCCGUGGGCCGUCGGCGACUACUACAGCGGCGAGGAAUACAACUGGGGGCUGGGAGGCUUGUUGAUCGAGAAGGCCGGCCCCGGUGCUCCGUACACCCGGGGCGCCGACACGCUCAUAUGGAGCGGCGCACCAAAUGUGUUCUGGCACCACAAGCUCACAAUGGUCGUCAACCACGUAGUCAUAUUCCAGUUCAAGCCCGACGCCAGCGCCCAGUCCGUCAAGCAGUGCUGCGAUGAGAUGCUCGGCUUAAAGGACCAGUGCGUCCUCGCCUCCACGGGGAAGCCGUAUAUUGCCAACUCCAAAGGCGGCAAGGACAUGUCCAUUGAGGGCCUCAAUAACGGCUUCACCCACGUCUUCGUAGUCGAGUUCAACUCGGUGGCCGAUAGGGACUUUUACGUCAAAGAGGACAAGGCCCAUCACGGCUUUAUUGGAAAGUGGAUCACUUCGUCGGAUGCUAUUGUUUCCAAGGCCAUGGUUGUCGACUUUUGUUCCUGGGUCUCUCGAGUGAGGUUGGUGGCCAAGCGUUGGAACUUGUGGUGA